AUGGAUGGUGAGAAAGAACCCAUGUCAAGGAAUGUUAAUUCCAAGGAAAAAAUAAAAAACAAUGAUUCUAUUCCAGAAUUAGAUUCAGAACCACCUAAAUUGAUCAUAAAUAAUCCUCCAUUCAUGUAUAGUAACAAAUUACAGAAGCCAAGUGACUUACAAGAUGACCUAAAUGAUUGUUUGAUUAAUCUACCAAAUCCUGGAAUUAUCAAUAUUACUGAUGUUAAUGAAGAUGAAUUUAAUAAAGUGGUGUUUGGAAAUGAAAUCCAAGGAACAUCAAAAGGAGAACUCAAAGAACCUGAAAUUAAGGUUACAUCAAAAGAUGAAUUUAUGGUCAUUGAUACUGAAUCUGCAUUUGAAGAUGAAUUAAUGCUAAUCACUUCAGAUGACGAAAUUGAAAUAGUAUCUGAUGAAGAAUUGUCUACUAAAAAUAGGCCAAAAAAAUUGAAAUUGAAGAAAAUUAAUAAUGAACGAAAAGAUGAAAACAAAACUCAAACAAAUUUUGAAGCCGAAAAAGUACAGUCAAUUACUGAAUUUGAUAAAUUGUGGCAAGUUGUUAGAGAUGAUUCUUCAAAUUUUUCUGGGUGGACUAAUUUACUAAAAUAUAUUGACCAAGAAAAUAAAAUUGUGAAAGCAAGGGUAGCAUAUACUCAAUUCUUAGACCUAUAUCCUUGUUGUUAUGAUUAUUGGAUAAAAUUUGCAGAAUUUGAAAAAAGAAACAAUAAUUUAAAUAAGGUUGAAGUAAUUUUUCAACGUGGUUUAAGAACCUUACAGCUUAGUGUUGACUUAUGGUUUAAUUAUAUGACUUUCUUAAUGGCUUACCGUAGUGAUAAUAUUCAUUAUAUUCGUGGCAAGUUUGAAGAAUGCUUAACAAAGUGUGGUCUUGUGUAUUAUUCUGAUCGUCUAUGGGAUAUUUACAUUAAGUGGGAAAUUAAUCAAAAUGAGUUAAAAAAUGUUUUUGACAUAUAUAAUCGGCUUCUUGUUACACAAACAUUUGGUUAUUUAAUACAUUUUGAACAUUUUAAAGAAUUUGUAAACAAGAAUGAGCCAUAUACAUUUUUAAAUGCUAAAGAAUAUUUUGAAUUGCGACAGCAAAUAGCUGAAGAACUGAAAAUAGAUGAAAGUAAUGAAUUUUUGCCAGAUGAUUCCAUGGCCCAAGGAAAAAAUGGAAAUACAUUUUCAUCUGAAGUAUCUGAAAAAGAAUUAUUAUUAAUAAAAGAAGCAAUUAUUGAAUCAAAAUACAAAAUUCAUCAGAAAACAGCCAAAGAAAUUGAAAAGCGCCAAGUAUUUGAAGAAGGUAUUAAGAGACCUUAUUUCAACAUAAAACCAUUGGAACUAAGUCAGAUUGAAAACUGGAAACGUUAUAUUGAAUUUGAAAAGGAAACCAAAAAUCAUAACCGAAUUGUUAUUAUUUAUGAAAGAUGUUUGAUACCAUGUGCAUUAUAUGAAGACUUCUGGUUAAGCUAUGUGGAAUAUUUAGAAUUAUCGCCUUAUGAUGUAUGUGAUUUAUUACACAAUUUAUUUACGCGAGCUUGUGUAGUUCAUCAUCGCAAGUCACCCAAAUUACAUUUUAAAUGGGCAGAAUUCGAAGAAUUCAAAGGAAAUGUGAACAAAGCUGCUGAAAUUUUGAAACAUAUUGAUGAAGUUGUUCCACAUACAUUACACAUAGUUAAUAGGCGUAUUAAUUUGGAGAAAAGAAGAAACAAUUAUGGUAGAACAUGUGAAUUAUUUGAACAUUAUAUGGACAUUUAUCAACAGGAUAUGUUCUCAAAAUCAAUCAUUGCUAUAAAAUAUGCACGUUUCCUUUGGAAAAAUGCAAAUGAAAUUGAGAAGGCGAUCCAAGUCAUCACAGAAAUCAUCAAUGAAGAUAAGAAAAAUAUGUACUGUAAUGAAAGACUACUAUUACAACUUAUUGAGUUAAAAAUUAACUUGAAGCCUUUAAAUGUAAAUUCAGUUAUCCAAAUGUUUGAUGAAAUAAUGGUAAUGGAUAAUAUUAGUUUAAAACAAAAAGCAUUAUUUUCUCAGCAUAAACUAGAGUUUCUUGAAGAAUAUACUUGUGAUUAUAAAUCUUUAGAUAAUACUACUGAUGAGUUCCUGACAUAUUCAAGUUUAUCAAAAACACAGGAAAUGGCUGAAUCCUGGGAUUCAGCAUUGGCUAGUUAUAACCACCAAUACUAUAUCACUGGGUAUUAUCAUCAGCAAUAUAUGGCAGCAUACAAUCAAUACAUAAAUGCUGGAUUAGUUGAUCCAAAUGAGUUUUAUCCAAAUGAGGUUGAUCCAAAUGAGGUUGAUCCAAAUGAGGUUGAUCCAAAUGAGGUUAAUCCAAAUGAGGUUGAUCCAAAUGAGGUUAAUCCAAAUGAGUUUGAUCCAGAUGAGUUUGAUUCACAAGAAGAUUAAAAUCAAGCAUGGGAGCCAUAAAAUUAUAACAGCACUGAUGGAAGUUAACAUUAAUUUUAAUUAUAGGUAGUAUACUGGUGUUACAUGCUAUUAUUAGUG